AUGUCUCUGAGCGACAGCGAAAUCUUCCAGCUACGGGCGGCCCUGCAGGAUGCCGUGGUUAAAUGCUCGGAGCGGUGCCUCUACCAAUCCGCAAAGUGGGCCGCCGAGCUUCUCAACUCUAUCCACGAGCCCGAGAUCCAAGCUUCCUCACAGGACACCAUCACAGCCGGGCCCCCACCCGCCGCCUUCUCUCCCUCAAACCCGGACCCCGAGGAGGCGCGCCUCGAGGCGCAAGAGUUCACCAAGUACCUUCUCGCCAAGUCCCUCUUCGACUGCCGCGAGUACGACCGAUGCGCCGCCGUCUUCCUCCCCGAGUCGAUGCUGUCGGGCGUUGUCGAAUCUAGGACCGCCGAACCGCUGACGGGCACGCCCAAGGGCAAAGGGAAAUCGAGGGCGAGCACGGGCGCGGCCGAGCCCGCGUCUGGUGGUGCGACUGCUGCGCCCGCUACGGCGCUGCCCAAGAUUAGCCAAAAGAGUCUGUUCCUGGCCCUCUACGCCAAAGUGAUAUCAGGGGAGAAGAGGAAAGACGAGGACGCCGAGAUGGUCAUGGGCCCGCACGACGCUGGGUCGGUGGGGAAUAAGCAGCUGGUUCUCGUGAGCAGGUACCUCAAUGCGUGGUUCGACGAGAGGUAUGGCAUGGUUUUGGCCAAAGAAAAGAACAAUGACAGGGCGAUAGAGUACUUGGUGCGAAGCGUUCACCUAUUCCCCAUGAACUGGGGCUGCUGGCUAGAGAUGGCUUCCCUCAUCUCUCGAGUGGAAGACCUCAACCGCAUCGCCAAGCACCUUCCGCACAACAUCGUCUCCUUCAUGUUCCACCUCCACACCUCCCUCGAACUCUUCCAACAGGGACCCUCGCUCGCCAACUCCCUCGACCAGCUCCUUGACAUAUUCCCCACCUCGUCCUUCCUCCUCACCUGCAACGCCCUCCUCUCCUACCACGCCAAGGACUUUGUCGCCGCCGAGCAGCACUUUAGCCGCCUCCUCGCCCACCACCCGUACCGCCUCGACUCCCUCGACCACUACUCCAAUAUCCUGUACGUGAUGAACAUGCGGCCCAAGCUCGCCUUCCUCGCCCACUUAUGCUCCAACGUCGACAAGUUCCGCCCCGAGUCGUGCGUCGUCGUCGGCAACUACUACAGCUUGCUGUCCAUGCACGAAAAGGCGGUGCAGUACUUUCGCCGCGCCCUCACCCUCGACCGCACCUGCCUGUCCGCCUGGACCCUCAUGGGCCACGAGUACGUCGAGCUCAAAAACACCCACGCCGCCAUCGAGUCGUACCGGCGCGCCGUCGACGUCAACCGCCGGGACUAUCGGGCCUGGUACGGCCUCGGCCAAACGUACGAGAUGCUCGAGAUGCACACUUACGCCCUGUGGUACUACAAAAAGGCCGCCGGCCUCCGGCCCUGGGACGGCAAGAUGUGGCUCGCCGUCGGCUCCUGCCUCGAGAAGAUGGACCGCGACCGCGACGGCAUCAAGGCCCUCAAGCGCGCCUUGCUCGCCGACGCCUACUACGACGCUGGGAGCAGCAGCUUCGGCGGGGCGGCGGCGACGAUCGCCAACAUGUACAAUCGCCUGGGCGAGCUGGACGAGGCCAAAUCGUACAUGGAGCUCUGCCUGGCCCAGGAAGACGGGGUAGCCGGCGGCGGCGCCGAUGCGGAAGGCGGCCGUUUCAACGAGUCUAUUAACAUUCACAACGACUCGCCCCCGCGUCCGACGACGGCCCGGAUGUGGCUCGCGCGGUACGCGCUCGAAACGGAGGACUACACGGCGGCUAGUCGGUUGGCGACGGAACUAUGCGAGGACGGCGUCGAGGUGGAAGAGGCCAAGGCGCUGUUGAGGGAAGCGAGGGCGAGGAUGGAUGUGGACGACGCGUGA